GAUGGAUACUACUAGAUGGCAUUACUGCAAUGUUCUUUAAUGAGAUUCCGAGGAAUCGGUAUUCGACAUGGCCGACAGAGGGCGCUGGGGGAGGAUCGGAGCUCUCGCGUUCGUCUCACGCCUGAACACGCACACGGCACGGCGAACGAACGAACACGGGCUCGAACGUGUCGCAUACCAUCGCACGUACGCACGUCCCUCCGUCGACGAACUAGCCUCUCCCUGCUCACGCCAGACAUAUAUGCGUCGCGUCACGACACGCAACCAGCCGCGAAAUAUCGGCGGGCGGUCUACCCACACUCCACUACCCCCGGCGAACCGGAGAUAGCCGAGAGACCCACGCAGGCGACCAGCGCUGCGGCUUAUCAGACCGGGCAAGCGGGAUAUGCGGUAACCCCAGCAGCGACAGCCGCAACAUACACUCAACGGCCUGCUGCCGCUGCUGCUACCGGUUACGAAACGUAUCAGGCAGCCGCUGCUGCAGCCGCGACUGGGACGACAUACGCAGCUGCCAACCCUGGUACCGUGGCUCAAACUUACGACUACGGUUACGGACGAGCUGCCCCAGCAGCUACAUACGACGCUACAAAGACCUACUAUCAACAGCCAGCGGCUGCUGCUGCAACAUACACCACCACCGAGACACACUAUCAAGCUGCAAAACCUGCUUAUAGUACGACCAGUGCCUACACUGGCACCGCCAGACAGGCCACUACCACUGGACAGGCCAAAACGUAUCAAGCAUCUAGCACGGCUUACCAGCAAUCAAAUCCUACGCAGAGCGCGACUUACUCGUCGGGAUACACUGCUCCCGCUACUCCUGCCGCUGCACCUUCAACCGCAACAAAUAAAACGGCGAGUACAACGUAUUCCGGCUACGACGCAGCGCUAUAUAGCGCUGCGACUAUGUAUGUAGCCCAACAGAGUGCAAACAGCAAUUCAACUAACCAGAAGACUGGAGGUUGGCAGGGCUGCUACGGACGGAAAGGAUUCGGAGCUGGAGGGGGAGGGAUGAAGACAAUGCGGCCGAAGCAGCCCCCCAAGCCUCAACAGCUACACUAUUGCGAUGUCUGUAAGAUCAGCUGUGCCGGACCGCAAACGUAUCGCGAACACCUGGAGGGGCAGAAGCACAAGAAGAAGGAAGCUUCUUUGAAGGUGCCUCAGCAGCCACCGGCGCGCGGGGCGGGAAAUAGCCUUCGUUGCGAGCUCUGCGACGUAACUUGCACCGGGAACGACGCUUACGCCGCUCAUAUCAGAGGCGCCAAGCAUCAGAAAGUAGUUAAAUUGCACACGAAGCUGGGGAAACCCAUUCCGAGCGCAGAUCCCACCGUUUUGAACCCGAAACCCGCGGCAGCCGCGAAGGCUGCAGCUACGAAGAAGCCAACGGUGACGGCAACGCCUAAAAUUAACUUCGUCGCCUCCGGAAACUUGGGCACGGUAAAUCAGAACCAGUCGGUUGAGGUUAAGCAGGAGGAACCGGCCGCGGAGGAGACCGUGGAAGAGGCUACGGUCGACGAGAAGGAUAUCCAACCGGUUGGCCAGGAGUACAUCGAGGAGAACAAGUCCGAGGAUGGGAAGAUCAUCAGUUUCAACUGCAAGCUGUGCGAGUGCCGCUUCAACGACCCCAACGCCAAAGACAUGCACAUGAAGGGUCGUCGUCACAGAUUCGCCUACAAGAAGAAGGUCAACCCCGAUUUGGUGGUCGAUAUGAAGCCUAGUCUGAAGCAGCGCAAGAUGCUAGAGGAGAAGCUCCGUAGGCAACAGAUGCGCGAUGAGUACCUACGUCGACGAGAGGAGAUCAAUCAGCUGGGACCUAUAGGACCCAUGCUGGACGAGGAGAUGUUGUACUGGGAGGAGAGGCGCCGGUACGAGGAGGAGUGCGAGUACUACGAGUGGUUCCGGCGGUACGGACGCGGUCCGGGAGCGCCGCCGAUUCCACGACCAUUCGCGGGACCACCGCCGAUGAUGAUGUACGCGGGUCCUCAGCGGCGACCCGACUCAUCGGACGACAAGCACGUACUGGCACAUCACACGACUAUUUAUCCCAAGGAGCAAGAGCUGCUGGCCGUUCAGAAAAUAGUUUCUCAUACCGAGAAAGCGUUGAAAUUCGUGUCGGACGCUCUGGCCGAAGCAAGUAAGAAGAAUACUCCCGUGAAUGCUAAUGCCACCGCAGCAGCGCCGGCAGCAGCUGGCGCGGCACAGGCGAAUGCGGACACGCUGAAGAAGGAAGAGCCCGACAAAAAGAAGGCAGCUACGCCACAGAAGGAGGACGGCAGCGACGGAAAUCUCUUCUCGUUUCAGAAGGAAAAGGAGGAUUCCAGAAUACUCCGUGGCGUCAUGCGUGUCGGGAACUUGGCUAAGGGACUCUUACUGUCUGGCGAUAAUCAUGUUUGCCUUGUUGUUUUAUGCGCUGAAAAACCGACAAGAACGUUGCUCAAUAAAGUCGCUGAGAUUCUACCGGGUGAAUUGAAAAAUGUUGCACCUGAGGAAACGUACAACGUUGGAAAGCAUCCAGAAUCCGCGGCUCUAACGGUGUCGGGUGGUACGGUGACCGUCAGCGUAACUCUCACCAGUCCAUUGAUGCGUGAAACGCCCAAGUCUACCGCAGCAGCAGAUAAUGCUGGACAGCAGCAGCAGGAAGCUGCUCAACUGCAAACAACGCCCGCGGCCCCCACCGUGACGAAACCAGAUCCACCAGAUGUACUUCCCAAGGCUAAGUGUUUGGAGGCUUUAGCUGCACUCAGGCAUGCCAAGUGGUUUCAGGCUAGAGCUACUUCCCUGCAGAGCUGCGUUAUGGUUAUCCGUAUAAUGCGCGACCUUUGCAAUCGUGUGCCAACGUGGGGUCCGCUGAAUCCUUGGGCAUUGGAAUUGCUGACUGAAAAAGUGAUCAGUACCGCGGGUGCUCCACUUAGUCCCGGUGAAGCUUUGAGGAGACUCUUGGAGUGCGUAGCUGGAGGUAUAUUGCUUCCAGGCAGUCCAGGACUGUCCGACCCAUGCGAGAAGGAGCCGGUUGAUGCAAUAGGAAACAUGACAUCCCAGCAGAGGGAAGACAUCACUGCGUCCGCGCAGCACGCGCUGCGACUGGUGGCGUUCCGCCAGAUCCACAAAGUCCUCGGCAUGGAGCAACUGCCGCCGCCCAAAUUCAAGGGCCGAUACGCGAGGAAACGAAGACGCGACAACAGCAACGGGGAGGGCACGGACAGCGAGGCCUCGAAGAAGGACAAGAAAGCGGAGGAGAUCAAAAUGGAGACAGACUCAAAAUAGAUCUAUCUACCAAAAGAUUCGUUCUACGAAUUAUCUAUUAACUUAUCUAAUAUGUAAGAAAACGUUUUUUCGCCGUGUUACUUGCUUGUUUAGAAGAACGAGGGACGAGGGAUAUACCACCGGAUCGGACACGAGGACGAUUAUAACUGAUGCUUCUUGCAAUUCAAGACGAUACGAUGCAAUGACGUAUUCUCUCUUAAAAAGAAUUACAUCGCGAACGCUCGCAUUGCGGUCACUCGAGCUAACCGAUUAACGAUUAUUUACUUCACGACAAUGGUAUUACUCACUUCCUUCCUACGAUGAUAUAUUCGACGCUCGCAUAAUAAAUAACGCGUAACGUGAAGAUAAAGAUAGAGGAUAUAGAGGACGAGAUACUUGGAUCGAUUAGAAAAAACAAUUCUUUUCUCGAACGAGCAAUCGGUGCAAUUAGUUUUAACAUCGAGUACACAUACAUAUGUAAUUGACGGUGACUUCGGUGGUGUGUAUUAUUAUCUACGUGACUCUGAGAUUUUUUUCGAAUAUAUGUAUCUCGAUCGAAAAAUCUUAUACGGAGCGGGAAGGAUCUGAACAACCGGGUUACAAACGACCGAUGAAGAACAUUUAUAUAAGUUUGAGGUUUAAGAAUAGAUAAUAGAUUGUAUUGAGAAUUUGUGUGUAUGUGUGUGUGUAGUCCAUAUAGAUAUGUAGAAAAAUAUUAUCCCUGCCUGCCUUAUUCCGUCUUACACUCUUGCACAAAAUGAUUACGAUUUUAUUUAGUCGCGGUAGUGUGCGCCUCGUCACGCGCUGCGUGAUGCACCUAGGACAUCGCGGAAUGAUUUGCGAGCUGUCGGUAAAAUCGACGGGAUGUGUCUGGUACGGAAUAAAUGUACGUAUUUAAUGACCCCCCCCUCUUUUUUUUUAUAGACUGCUACGGAGUUUAGAAUUUCAGUUUCCUUAUAAAAUUGCCGAACGAUUGAAAAUUGAUUUGCGAAUUGCCAUAUUAAGUAACUUCUACUGUUCUAUGGGUAGAUUUUAUGUUCUGUAUUUUCAAGUCGUCCUUGAAUAAAAUGACGUACGAUAUGCAUCUAAAGAUGAAUUAAUUAAUUUAAUUAAUAUUUGCGAUUGAGAGUACAAUUUCUCUGCGCACAUUUAUGACGUUACUCUCUCCAAUUCUUGCAGGCUGGAUCGUUUUAUCCAACUUGAACAUCGACUUCUCUAGUGCUUUGAUCUUUAUAAAGUAUGACAAAAGCUGGUGAACUAUAAAUAAUCAAGUACUGCAAAGACCAACGUGGAAUCAUCCGCUACAAUUUAUUUCGAACUUUAUUUUUAGAUUUUUAAUCUACUUUUAUGUCGUCAUCACUGCAGAAUUUUUAUUUUGCAGUUUAUAUCUAAUUCCAGUUCUCUUGCUUGGUUCGGACAAAUUCUGUUAUAGUCUCUUUGCCAGGGAGUCGGGUUAUUACUGUAUGUACGACUCGAUUGUAGGUUAGACGUAACUUCAUCCUCGGCGUUUUAAUUUUGAAAUUUGUUUUAUCGUCAGUUUUACCAUAAUUUUAUUCAAUGACAGAACUUUUGAGUUUUUAACAAUCGUAGGGAGGCAACUCAAAUUUUACGAGUAGUACGUAUCAUGUACAUGCAAUAUACGUCGUCUUUGAAUCAUAAUUUUAUUUACACGCAAAUUCUGCGAAUCCAAUAACGUGUAUCACGCGCGCAUCACGAGCGAUCAAUUUUAGAAUCAAGAUAAAUAAUACCCGAACAAAGCAGAAAACACUCGAAAACAACAUGCAUUGUUCCAGAAAUAUCCUCGCUUUGUUGAACCCCUGAAUAUUUGUUAUUGUAUAUUACCGAGAAUAAUACUCUAUAUAAAUG